AUGGCGUCCGCGUCCGACGCGUCAAUUCAAGAUAUCCUAGAGGAUAUCGAGCUCAACCAGGUUAUUUUGCAAAGCUUGGACGAGGAACGACCCGAUGCCGCUGAAGACCGACAAGAGAUUCUAGAUGUCAUCAAACGCCUGGAAGCCCGACUAGCGGUGCUCCAAGGCCGUCCCGCUGGGGGCCCAUCCGCUGCCUCUCCGCCACCGGGUCCAGCCCGCUCAGGCUUGUCUUCUGCCCAGCUAGAUGGUGCCUUUUCUGAUGCUCCGGAAAGUGCUGGUCGUGCACCUUCGGUCGACUCGUCUUCUUCGUCUGAUGAUCGGUCCGUGCUGCGCUUUGAUGAUGUCGCUCCUGGACCGUCAACUUUGCGAAAGCGGCUACACCUCAGCAGUGAGGAUAGCCACUCUGAGAACAAUGAAGAUGACUCCGACUCCUCGGAUUUCACAGACGACUUAGAGGCCCCAGUUUCCAGACGGCCAAAGCGGAUGCGUCGCGUUAGUCCCGAGGCCGAGCCUAGCAAUGAUGCUCCCGACGAUGAUCUAGACGACCCACUCGCUGGCAAUGAACAGCUACGCCAGAUCUUGGGCAUUGACAGCGCUGAUAUCAUGCGCGAGAUUCAAGAGGAGCAAAGACGGGCCGAGCAAUGGCUCGAGGAACGCCGAGAACAGGAGCGCCGUGACGCCGAGUUUGCUCGCCGACUUAAUGACUCCUUCCGUGAGCCGUCUCAGUCGCCGUCGUCUUCGCACAGCAUGUUCCCUCCAAGACCUUCAGUCUCCGCUCCCGCUCCUUCUUCUUCGUCGAACAGACCUUCCAUGGCCCACACUGGCCGUUUCCCCGAAUCUUGGGCGCAACAUAACCCACUUGAAUCUCUGCCCUCUCACAGUCGUGACAACAACCGUUCCCCCUUCAGUGAAGCCCGAGAUCCCCAGUCCUUGCUUAGUAGCGAUGAUAGCGAUCUCGCCGAGAUCACGCCGUCCGACUUUCAACGUCAUUGCCAAAUUACAGCCGCUCCACAUGCGCGUCCUCCGCGCUGGGGUCCUUUUGCCCCUACGAUGCCUAACGGCCUCCAGCCUGCGCAGAGUCGGUCACUCCAGGUGUCUCCCGCGCCGCGUGAUGGAAUGGGAUCUGGAUCUGUGUUUGGUCCCCAUGUAAUGUCAAACACAAUGGCAAGGCUCAAUGCAGGCAGGGAGAUGCUGGUGCAAGCCGGAAGGAUGAUACUCGGCGGCAACGAUUCCAGGCCUUCAGACCCUCCCUAUAUUGAUCUAGAAGAUUACCAGGGACCAGGUGGAUUUCGCAAGGCCAGAGACUAUCUAGAUGACUACUAUGGCUCUGAAAUUUAUGGCCCCGACCCAAACAAGACGAAAGAAGAUAUUCAAAAGCUGCUGGAAAGCAUCAGACCUGACUCCGAGAUUGCCCUACAGAACCGCGAAGGAACCCCUGAAGCUCUCAAGUACACGCUGCUGGAGCACCAGAAGUUGGGGUUGUCUUGGAUGAAGUCGAUGGAAGAGGGCGACAACAAGGGCGGUAUCCUUGCCGAUGAUAUGGGUCUGGGAAAGACCAUACAAGCUAUCGCUCUCAUAGUGUCCCGCCCGUCGACUGACCCCGAGCGCAAACCCACCCUGAUCAUUGCCCCCGUUGCGUUAGUGCAACAAUGGAAACGAGAGAUCGAACGCAUGGUUAAGCCCGGAAAACAUCAACUUUCCAUCUGGGUAUUGCAUGGCGAUAAACGGCUUACUUUCAGAGAACUGAAGCGGUACGAUGUGGUUCUCACCACCUUCGGCACACUGGCCGCAGAAUUGAAACGGAAGCAGAAGUACGAGGAGCUAGAGGAACGGGAUGUUAACCUGGCGAGACAAGCCCUGGACACUCUUCCUCUUCUGGGGCGGCGUUGUAAAUGGCAUCGCGUCAUUGCGGAUGAAGCCCAGUGCAUUAAGAAUCGGAAUGCAAAAGCUGCCCUUGCGUGCUGCCAGCUCAAUACUACCUACCGCUGGUGCAUGACAGGAACUCCUAUGAUGAACAAUGUCGAAGAGUUACACUCGCUGAUCAAGUUUCUGCGUAUCCGCCCCUACUCCAAUAUUGAGACAUUCAAUCGCGACUUCACUCGGCCAUUGAAAUCUAGCCCCGCCAUGCGCGAGAAGGCUAUGCUCCAGUUACAGGUCUUGUUGAAAGCCAUUCUUUUGCGGCGAACUAAGAGCUCGGAAAUUGACGGCAAGCCGAUCUUGCAACUACCGCCCAAGGUCUCCGAAAGAGUCCACGCUGUUUUCAGCGAGGAAGAGCAAGAGUUCUACAAUACUUUGGAGUCACGCAGUCAACGCGAGGUGGACCGAUAUCUCCAACAAGGAGUGGGACGCAACUAUUCCAAUAUUUUGGUUCUACUACUUCGACUUCGACAAGCGUGCUGCCAUCCCCAUCUGAUCAAGGACUUCACCACCGAAGUCAAUGCCGCUGAAGAGGGCAUGGAUCUCAUUGCCAAUGCGAAAGCAUUCGGCGCUGAAGUCGUUGCUCGACUCAAGGACAACACCGAGCUAGAAUGCCCAAUCUGUAUCGAUGCUGUUGAAAAUCCUGUCAUUUUCUUCCCUUGUGGUCAUGGAACCUGCGCGGAGUGCUUUUCCAGAAUUGCGGACCCUGAAAUGGCCCUACGGAACGGGCGCGAUGACGGAGGCGAAGUAAAGUGUCCCAAUUGCCGCGCAAAGGUGGAUCCAAAGAAAAUCACCGAUCAUCGGUCGUUCAAGAAAGUACAUUUCCCUGAUGAGUCCGACGAAGCAGAUGGUGUUGAUUCUACCAAAGAUACGGAAGGCACCAACGACGAGGAUAGCGAUGAUGACAGCGAUGAUGAUAGCGACGACGCUGGAGGUCUAUCUCGGUUCAUUGUCAAGGACGAUGAUGAGGAAGAAGGACCUUCUACGAGAAGCAAGCGAGCGAAGGGCAAGGGCAAAGCAAAGAACAAGAAGUCCCUUGCGGAACUCAAGAAGGAUGCUCAGAAGAAUAAGAAGGCGAAGCUCAAGUACCUGCGUCGUCUCGAAAAGACCUGGAUGUCAAGUGCCAAGAUCGAAAAGGCCAUGGAGAUAUUGCGCGAGGUCUACCACCGAGACGGCAACGAGAAAACCAUCAUUUUCAGCCAGUUCACGUCCCUGCUCGACUUGCUGGAAAUUCCUAUCGCUCGUCAAGGAUGGGACUACCGACGCUACGACGGGAGCAUGCGACCAGCCGAUCGAAACACAUCCGUGAUGGACUUUACCGACAACGAAGACUGCAGAAUUAUGUUGGUAUCGCUGAAAGCCGGUAACGCCGGUCUGAACCUCGUCGCAGCAUCCCAGGUCAUCAUUUUCGACCCCUUCUGGAACCCCUAUGUCGAAGAGCAGGCAGUCGACCGUGCCCAUCGCAUUGGACAGGUUCGCCCUGUCCAAAUCCACCGCAUUGUCGUGAAGGAUACUGUCGAAGACCGUAUCCUUGAAUUGCAGGAUAAGAAGCGGGAGCUUGUGGAGGGUGCUCUGGACGAGAAGGCUUCGAGCAAUCUCUCCAGACUCGGAGCCCGCGAACUCGCAUUUUUGUUUAACAUCCGGUCUUAA